AUGGAUCUAUGGUUAAUCGCAGCUACUGCUGCUACAGGAUAUAUAACCAAGCAUUUGCAAAAUGUAUCGAAAGGUAACCAAAACUUUCACGAGUCUUGUCCUGAAGAUUUGACUAAUGUGAAGCCACAAUCUCCGAGAUCAUUAGUUAGUAGAUUGGGGAGAGUCAAGAAACCAAAGGGAGAAAAUUUUGGAGAUUGCCUUGAUGGGGAAAAUCUUGGUCUAUAUGAAUGUGGCAAUGCAUAUGGAGUGGAAGUAAGUUGGAGCAAUGAGGAGAUCUUGGGAAAUAAUGAUGAGAUUCUUUCAGAUUCGUUUGGGAACAGAGCGUUUCUUAGGAAGAAUCGGCGGUACAAAAGUCUUAUCAAGCCUUUUUCUAUGGAGAAUGGCGUAAUGUCUCGGUUACAUAGAGAGAAAAUGUCGGUGGAGGAAUAUAUGCGUUGCCCUUUUCCAUCACCGUAUGGUUCAGUUUCGAGGCCCUUGCUUGUUACUGAUGGUACAAAAGUAAUUAGCAAGAACACUGGAGAUUCUAUUGGUCAGCGAGUCCCGAACUGCGGAACUCCUCAGCUUAGGAAGUUGGAAUCUUCACUUCUUUAUGUUAAGAGGAGAGCUGGAAUUGAGAAGAGCGCGAGUGGUGAUGCAGCAUUGCUGCUAUGCGUUGGGAUUUUGAUUGGGAUAAUGUCAUCAUUUGUAGCAAACCAAACCAAAGUAAACAAGGUCGAAGCAAAUUCAAAGCAGACAGAGAAUUUGGUAAAUGAUUUAGAAGAUGAGCUCAAAACGAAAGACUCAUCGACAGUGAAUAAUGAUUUACACAACGGUGACAAACAGUGUGAUGAAAAGACAGCAGAAAAAUCAGAAUCUAUAAGUAAAAUUGAAGCAGAGCUUGAAGCUGAACUUGAAAGGCUGGAGAUCAACAUGAAGUCCUCCAACAUUGAGACAAUACUCUCAGAUGUUUUCGAGCUGGAGCCGGAUUUUGAAGUAGAAUUUGCACAGGGCGAGCUGAGAGAUGAUCAGGUUAAAAGGGUUGAUGAAACCGAGUCCAGCCAGGAACCGAAUGGAAAUUCCACACCUGAAUCAGGAAACUAUACAGUCUCACCUCGUGAGCUUAGCUUGCGUCUGCACAAAGUGAUCAAUUCACGUUAUCAAGAACGGAUAAAAGAACUCGAGAUCGCCCUACAAGAGAGCCAGAGGAGAGCGGAGCAGCUGGUUGUGGAAUCAGAGGAAAAGAAGAAACCAUUGUCAAGGAUUUGGGAAAACCAUGAAGUGAUGAAACACAAGAGAGACUCAUAUCUUCCAGUUUCUGUAGCGGAUAUCAAGAAGAAGAAUAUCCCUGCAGAGAUCCAACCUCUGGUCAUGAAUUUAUCUGGGGAAGCACUUGAUGCAUUCAAUGAAUGUUAUGAGGAACUGAUGGAUAUAAACGACUAUUCAGAAGAAGACGAUACACCAUUUGAGAUGCAGGAGAAUGAGCGGCAAGAAGAAUUUUCUUUGACAAGCAAAAGCUCACAUUGGAGCCAUAAAUAUGACAUAAAGGAUUCCUCAAGAACGUCAGAGGAUAUGAGUUUCUUCAGGCUGGAAAAUCUAUUUGAUACGAGCGACGAAGAAGAGUUUGAGAGUGAGAUGGAGAAGCAACUGAUAAAACAAAUUGUUGAGAAAACAAAACAAGGGUCUUCAGCUGUGAUUAAUGCCCAGAAGAUGCUAUCCCUCAUGGAAGAAAUAGAACAUAAUCUAUAA